UCGCAGCCUGGCGGGCUCCAGCGCUAGCUGUCCUUGUCCCCAGGUGCUCCUGGCCCUCGACCGUCCUCUCCGCCUGGAGCAAGACUCCCAUGAUAGUACUCAAAGCACUUGGCUCCGAAAGAAGACGUGAUUCAGAUGGUCUGGCUCUUGCUACCAGGCCAGGCGUUCCGGCCGCCCAGGUGCUGACCUGAAAUUGAUCCAUCCCACCCCGACCAACACCGUUCACUCACUGGUGGAAGGAACCGGUCAACCAAAUGGAGACGCCACCGGCCAGUCUAAUAGACAAGGACACCUCUCAACCGCAACAACGACGGGAAGAGAACCCCCAGGAAAACCUUAAGUCAACCACCGAGAUUAGGCAGCAGCCCCAAGACUGUUCUACUGAAAUCCUCGAGCUGAGAGUGAGCUCAGCUCUGGCCAGCCGAGUUCUAGAGAAACCUCAAGAGACUGAAAAACUGGCUGCUGGACUUCAAGGAGACUCAGUGAAGUCUCCUGGAUCAACCAGUGAGAUGCCAGAGCCCCUUCCAGCUUCUGAUCUCUGGUACUGUCCCGACGGAAGCUUUGUUAAGAAGAUCAUAAUCCGCGGCCAUGGCUUGGACAAACCCAAGCUAGGCUCCUGCUGCCGGGUACUGGCUUUUGGGUUUCCUUUUGGGUCAGGCCUGCCAGAGGGCUGGACAGAGAUAACUAUGGGGUUAGGACCGUGGAGGGAAGGGACUUGGGGGGAGCUCAUAGAGAAAUGCUUGGAGUCCAUGUGUCAAGGUGAGGAGGCACAGCUUCAGAUCUCCGAGCACCCUGAAUCUCCAUUCAGGCUCACCCUGGCCUCCUUCACUCAGGGCAGGGACUCCUGGGAGCUGGAGGCCAGUGAAAAGGAAGCCCUGGCCAAGAAAGAACGCACGAGGGGCACAGAAUUAUUUAGAGCUGGGAACCCUGAAGGGGCUGCCAGAUGCUAUGGACGGGCUCUUCGGCUGCUGCUGACUUUACCCCCACCUGGCCCUCCAGAACGAACUGUUCUACACGCCAACCUGGCUGCCUGUCAGUUGCUACUAGGGCAGCCCCAGCUGGCUGCCCAGAGCUGUGACCGAGUGCUGGAGCGGGAGCCUGACCACUUAAAGGCCUUGUACCGAAGAGGGGUUGCCCAGGCUGCCCUUGGGAACCUUGACAAAGCAACUGCUGACCUCAGGAAGGUGUUGGCGGUAGACCCAAAAAACCGCGCAGCCCAGGAGGAGCUGGGGAAAGUGAUCAUUCAGGGGAAGAAACAAGAUGCAGGGCUGGCGCAGGGUCUGCGCAAGAUGUUUGGCUGAUUAAAAGUUAAAGCUUAAAAGUGA